AUGAAAGACAAAUGUCUAAGUAAAUAUUGCCCGAAGCAUUGUAAGUCAAGCUACAGGUUAGGAAAGAAAGCUGCUGAGAUGCUAGAGAAGGUAGAUCAGUUGGCAACAGAGGGCAAAAGGUUUGGCGAAAAUCUUAAAAUUGCUCACACAAUACCACCCGAGCCAAUUGAGAUGCCUCAAGAUGAAGUAGUGGGGUUAGAUUUGAUGUUUAAUAAGGUAUGGAAGAGCAUUGAAGAAGAGAAUGUUGGCAUUAUUGGUUUACAUGGGAUGGGCGGGGUAGGAAAGACUACCUUGUUAAAGAGAAUUAACAAUGAACUUGGGAAGAGGAGGCAAGAAUUUGAUUUUGUGAUGUGGGUUGUGGUGUCAAAAGAGCCCAAUUUGGAUAGUAUCAUGGACAAUAUUAGAAAAUUGGUUGGGAUUGGCGAUGACAUUUGGAAUCGCUGUGGUAAUCAGCUUGAAAAAGCAGCAAAGAUUUAUAGGGUCCUCAACCAAAAGAAAUUUGCCUUAUUAUUGGAUGACAUGUGGGAUGAGAUGGACUUGAGCUUGGCAGGAGUGCCACGUCCAGGGAAAACUAAUUGUCAAUCCAAAGUGUUAUUCACAACUCGGUCAGAAAAUGUGUGUGCAAAAAUGCAAGCUAAAAGAACAUUCAAGGUAGAAGCUUUGACAGAGGAAGAAGCCACAAAGUUAUUUUGCAUGAAAGUUGGUGAGGACACUUUGAGGUCAGACCCUAGUAUUCCAAAGCUUGCAGAGAAGAUGGCUAAAGAAUGUAGAAGGCUACCACUUGCGCUAAUUGUGGUAGGAAGUGCCAUGGCUGGAGUGAAGAGUGUGGAGGCUUGGGAACAUUCAAUAAAGAACUUAACAAGUUCUUCACUAACUGCACCAGAUUUGGAGAAGAAAGUAUUCUCCGUCCUCAAAUUUAGCUAUGACCGAUUGGAUGAGGUGCAAAAGCGUUGCUUCUUGUAUUGUGCAUUGUACCCGGAAGAUUGUGAAAUUCGAGUUCUCAAGCUCAUCGACAGAUGGAUGUUGGAGAAAUUUCUUUGUAAAGAUAUGACAGAGAGUGUGCAAGAUAUGUAUGGUCAUGGUGAGUCUAUUAUUGAAAAGUUGAAGCUUUCGUGCUUGUUAGAAACUGUUAAAGAUGAUAUUUUUAUGUUACGUACAGUUAAAAUGCAUGAUAUGAUUCGUGACAUGGCACUUUGGAUAGCACGUGAUCAAGAUAAUAUGAAAUUUAUGCAAAGAAUUUCAAUCAUGAAUAAUUGGGAAUUAGGAAAAAUCCGAGAUCCUCCAAAUGCCACAACAGUAGUUUUAUCGAAUAGAAGUGGUGUCACACAUCUGGAAGAUAUUAAACACAUGAAAAGAUUGAAAGUCUUGGACAUACGUGUCACAGGACCAUUACUUGGCGACAUUGGGGGUUUAGUUUCUUUGGAAUAUCUUUCUGUGUUUACUUAUGAGAGUUUCGACGCAGAGUUUGUGAAUAACUUGCAGUACUUGACAAAUUUAAAGCUUCUUAGCUUGGAUGCAUAUGUGAAAUCUUUUCCAUUGGGAGUGCUAUCUAGUCUUCAACAAUUAAGAGUGGUUAGACUGUUCAACAUAGAAUAUUCAAAAGAGAGAGGUAUUUUAGAAGAGUUGGAGUGCCUACCAAGUAUUGGGGAAUUAUGCAUAGGAAUAACAAGUAAAGAUGGUCUGAAAAAAUUAUUGGAGUCAGCCAAACUGCAAAGUUGCAUAUACAGCCUUCAGAUUGGCUUCUCCUACGAGAAUGAUGUGAUGCCUUUAUCAUUUGCGUUCUUAUCACAAAUGAAGCAGCUACGGGAAUUUCAUCUCGUGUUGUUGGAGAUUAGAAGAGAGCAAUAUUCUUUUGUUUUUGAUACAGGUUGUCUAAUCAAGCUCCGAAAAGUGACAAUUAGUUGUUGUUCACUAACUCAUGUGACAUGGCUCAAGUAUGCUCCACUUCUUCAAGAACUUGAGAUUUCUAAGUGUCAGUCAAUGGAAGAAGUGAUAAAAGAAGAAGAAGAUGAUGAAGACUACUCAAUAAAGAAUAAUGAGAAUGUGGAUUCUUCUUCUUCUUCUUCUUCUGUAUUCUCUUCUAUUGUCACACUGCGUUUGGAGUACUUACCAAUACUUGAGAGCAUUCAAAAGGCACCCUUGCCUUUUCCUUCCCUCAGAUCCAUUACGAUAGUCUGGUGUCAAAAGUUGAACAAGCUACCACUCGAUUCCAACUCUGCCAAACAUAAGUUGACACAUAUCCAUGGAUCUCAAGAUUGGUGGGACAAGUUGGAAUGGGAUGACCCUGCAGCAAAGCACAAAUUCCAAUCAAAGUUUAAACCUUACUGA